AUGGUCAUGGAUUCAACACCGAAAAGUGUACCCGAGGCUACAUCAGCGGGAAGUUGGAACAUGGAUGAUACAAAAGCUUCACACAAGAUUCGAAAUUACGGCAUAUCAUUCGUCACUUUGAUAGUUCUUAUUAUACUGAUUGCGAUAUUAGUAAUAGUCGUUAUUGGUUAUUGGAAAUCAAGCGAGCUUUUGCCUUUUUUCCACGAGGUAGCGUUUGUGGUAAUGUGUUACAAUGACAAUUAUCUCGUGGAGCCUUGUCAGUGUCAAGGAGGAAACAACAACGCGUCAGAGUACAAACAACCGCACAUAGUUUUGCUACUAUCCGAAGACCUUGGGUGGAAUGACGUAGAAUGGAACAACCCAGAUCUCAAGAUGCCGAUUCUCAAUCAACUCGCCGCUGAUGGCGUUAUAUUCAAUCAGACGUAUGUCCAGCCUUCAUGUACACCGUGGCAUUUAGGAUUUUGUAAGAAGGAGUAUCUACCAACUAGCCGUGGCUUUGAUUCGCAUUAUGGUCAAAUUGGAGGUGGAGUUACACCUUGGACAAAAGAGACAACAAGCAUGUUUGCACCAGGAUAUGAUUUCCGUGACAACAGCGGAGUUGUUCAAAAAAGUGACACCUAUCUCACAUUCAUGCUUGCUGAGAGAGCAGCAGAAAUAAUAAUGGGACAUUCCAAGGAAUAUCCACUAUACCUGCAGUUUAAUUUGGAUAUGCCUUCAAAAAGUCUUGAGGUUCCACCUGAGUAUGAAGCGUUGUAUUCUGACAUUGCAGAUAACCGAACAAGGAAAUUUUAUGGAAAGUUGUCUGUCAUGGAUGAUGCAGUUGGUACUGUGGUGGAGGCGUUGAAGACAAGAGGAAUGUUAUGGCACAUGGUCGAUUUGCAUGAAACGAUACUAUCAAUAGCUGGGGCUAAAUCUGAACCUGGAAUUGACGGCAUAGAUAUGUGGGAGACAUUCUCAAUGGGUAAACCAUCGCCAAGAAAAGAAUUCGUCUAUAAUAUUGAUGAUUUUGAGCCUUCCCCGGGUGCUGCUAUCAGAGUUGGAGAUUAUAAACUGAUUACAGGUAAUCCGGAUACACUGUAUCCGAUUCGGACAACCAAUCAAUCAGAUGGUUGGUUCAAUUAUGGUGACCCCCUGACAAACGGGUUCCCUGGCCCACCUACUUCGAUACCCGCCGAGAACGUGACAUACUUAUUCAAUAUAAGAGAUGAUCCCGAAGAAAGAAACAACAUCGCGGAUCUUUAUCCAGAGAUAGUACAAGCAUUACGUACACGAUUGGAUGAAUACCGUGAAGAUUUAGUUUCGCCGAUAGACGAUACACCUGACGAAGCUGGCCUUCCGUCGAACUUUGACGGUGUAUGGUCGCCUGGAUGGUGCUAA